CCAAGAGCUAAUAGAAUAGAUCAGUGAACUCCAAAAAGAAAAUAAAAAAUGGAGAGGAGGCUCCGAGAGAUGGGAAUUCCGGAGGGGGCGGCGGUGGCGGAUGAUACUGGUACCAACAGUAAGUCUCUAUAUAUAUGUACCUACAAGUGCAAUAGCAGGAGUUUUCAUGCUCGUUAUGAUAUCUCCGCCAUCGGAUUGAGCGAUUUAUCAUCCAUACUCAAAUCCAAAUCCCAAUUAAAGAUUGACAAAUUAGAGUUGCUGCGAAAACUGGCUUCUGUGGAGGGCAAGGAUGUUCCCUACGAUAUGGGUUGCUGUUUGUUCGGCUCCCAAAUUCUUCUUGCCGGCGGCCGGAAACCGGAAGACCCGGAGCAGGACGAUACGUCUCUAUACGAACUAGAUGCGGGCACACAAAUUUAUCUGUUUGAGGCAGAUGACAAUGAGAAAACAAAGGCCAAAGUUUACAAUCAUGGCAACCGUUUUGGAUCUUUUCCUCCUCCUCAGAGUCACAGUCACGGUGGGGGGAUCAUCAAAGGGGACUGCUGCUACGGUGAACUUCAUCAAGGGAAACCUCAACCAUUGGUGGUUGAGGUUGCUGGGAAGCUGUUUGUUCUCUCUAGUGGUCCGGUAGAUUUCCCUAGUCCAGCUUUUGAGGAGUUUAACUCGAAUAAGGGGAUUUGGACCACUCUGCCGGACCCUCCGCCGUAUACUGGUGACUGUCGUGACUUCUCUUAUGCAAUCGUGGGCACCAAGAUCAUGGUCUCCACCCCAAUAUCUUCGGUUUUCUGCUUUGACGCCGAUGCCCCGAAUCCUGGCCAAUGGUCUGUGUGCUGUGCUGAGCCUUUUCCCUUCGAAGGCAGGAUGUCAGACUUGAUUAGAUGCCGUAGGGCGGUGACGACUACACCGAGUUCGGAGCCCCUUGCUCAGCCGGUAUCAGUUGUCACUGCUCCAGUACUGAUGGAGCAGGACCACGUGCUAGCUGGUCCUGGGGGAUCCCAGGCGGCUGCAUCAUCAUCUUCUUCGGUGGUCCAGCCUCUUAGCGCUAGGCGGCGACACCGGCCCGCUACCACCACUGACACCACAUCGACUGACGGUACUGGUGCCUCGGGGGCACCUCCAGCCAAGAGGAACACCCGAGGGCCGUGUCAGCAGCUGAAGACGGCAAAGGUCACUCGGGUGACCAACAGUCGUACCAGCAUUAGAUAUGACGAGCGUCAUCGGGCUGCACCGACGGCGGACUUAGGAAACGCGAACUUGGAUCCGGUCGCAAAAGUAGCUCGCAAAUCUGGGCAAGGGAGUUUUCUGGUCGCUCAUCAACUGAGCCCUAUACCUAGACCAAACCGAAAGCUUAAGCCCGAACCUGAGCGACAAAGUUGUGGUGUUGCCAUCCGAGAUUUCUUUCACCACGUCAUUGGCCACGUACGCGCUGAGCAUGGGGAGUUUGAAACUGAUACCUCUUUGGUUCCUCGUGGAUAA